AUGAUAAUUGAAUUGGAGGAUAAAUUAACUGCUUCAAUUCACUUAUCAAAUUUACAGGAUCAAAUCAAUGGUGUUCUAUAGAGUGAUUUCUAACGCAAAUUAUUCUUUACGAUCUGCUUGGGACAUAUUAUACAUAUAUUUGAUAGUUUCCAUUAAUACUGUUAUUCAUUAAAUAAAUAAGUAAAUCGCUGUCACUUUUAUUGUUCAAUAUUGCAAAUUGUUCUGAUUUGCAUAUUAUAUUUGGAGAUGCAUCAAAAUACAAUUGUUAUAGUUGUUUUCAUCAUAAAAUCGUUGAUAAAUGGAUACAUGAACCAAGUGCUAUAGAUGAUAAGAUUUCAGCUGGUUAAGAUCUCUGUAAAUGUAGGAUACUUGAUAACCAUAGUGUUCAGUCUUAUUGGAAUAGCAUGUAAGACAUUUGGAUUUUCUGUUUUCCGCUUUAUUUGUGUUGCUGAGAUUUUCUUAUUAAUAAUAUUUUUGAAGCGAAGCUCUCGACUUCCUCCUUUAAUGGAGCAAUGUCUAGACAAUGAAUUUGAUAUUUAUGUCAAAUAUAUUGAAAAGUGUGCUGAGAAUAAAUCUAUACUAAGUUACGAAGAAUAUAAGAAUUCAAAUGAGUAAAUUUCAAUUAUUCAAACAUUUUAAGUGAAAGUACACAGACCAACCAUGAAAAAAUUAUUUACCAAAUUGUCAAAGAUCAAUGAAUAGAUUUAUAAAUACUUCAUUUGUUAAACCCUGUAAGGGUUGUUAUUUUAUAGUAAUUUGACAUACAUCAAAUAUUUCAACUCAAACAACAGCAACAUAUAUAUAGAUAUUAUGCUAUUAUCCAUUUUUGGAGCUUUUAGUAAACCUUUCUAUCAAUUCAUGAUCAGAUUGUACACAUAGAAACAAGUCUAUCAAAUUUCAUAAUCAAUUUGCAUUAUUAGUUAAUUGUUGAAGAUGAGUUACAUAUAUUACCAAUCAGAUUUGGUAUUAUUGAUAGCUAGUUUGUUGCAAGCAGUCUUCCAUUACAAUAUAACCACCGAUAUCAAUUCAGUAACUUGGUCGAUAAUCUAAGGAUUACCGAACGAUGAUUUUAGGAUUAUCUUAAGUGUGUCGACAUCUUGGGGGAAUGUUUAUGGCCUAUAGCAUUUAUGA